AUGCUGGAUAGCACCCCCGUGUUCGAAGCCCUGUCGAUCCCAGAGCUCCUCGACGCCAUCCAGGUCUACUUAACCCCGCACGAUCUUGUCCAGUGUGCCGCAGUCUCCAAACCCUUCCUAGCCCUCUUCACCCCCCUCCUCUGGGAAACCAUUACCAUUAGGACCCAUCACCAACAUGUCGCCUUCACCACCGUUCCCGAGGUCCAAGACGCCCUUGUCCGAAACGCGCCCCAUAUCCGUGUCAUUUACCUCCGCACCUGCAAGAGUCUCGAACCCUUUUUACGUGUCGACCCCGCUCACUUGAAACUCCUCCACACCGUAGCUUUCCCUUGGACCCUCAAGACCCUAGACCAAUAUUAUCAUUAUCAAGACAUGGAUGAAGACUACCAACCCUCCUUUGCGUCCUCGGUCUACACCCUUCCUCCAUCAGCUCUUCAAGACGCCGGACAGUCGCGACAAGAACGGCGGCCCCGGAUUUCGUACAGUGCCAUCGACAGAGUCUUCGCCCGGCAGGACUGGCUCCGGGCCGAGGGCAUGUUCCCAGCUCGGGAGCAAGCGGUCGGUACUCAACUUCGGUAUCUGCAACGAUUUCAGGAUCUGCAACGACGACAGGCCGAGGCCCAAGAGGCUACUGCUUUUGCUGCUGCAACCAUUGCUACCCCGCCUGAAACUCCAACUGCAUCUUCGUCCUCUUCGAGAAAUGUUUCUGCCUCCACGACCACCAACACCACCACAACGCCAACUCAACAGCGCAUGGCCAAUAUACUUGAGCGUCAACGACAGCUACAGCAAAUGCAGAAUAUACAGGCAGACAGGCAGAGAGUGUUGCAGAUACAAUUACAACAACAGCUACAACAGCAGCAAGCACAACAACAAGCACAACAGCAAGCACAACAACAAGCACAACAGCAAGCACAACAGCAAGCACAACAGCUACAACAAACUCAACAUACACCACCUCUACAGCCUCCACUGCAGCAACUGCCUAUACUGUCGAACCAACAACAACUCCAGCUCCAACAACUCCAGAACCAGGUCCAACAGGGAAUGCAAGCCCAGCAGUCCCAUGGCACUCUUCACUUUCAGAUUCUGCAGCAGCAGUCGCGUCAGAAUGCCCAGCACGGCCUCCAGCAUCAUUCAUUGCAGCUUGGCACACCGCAGAUCAUCCUUGCUGCUAACCAACAAAUGGCGGCCCAGGCGCAUGCAACGGCUCAGACAGCGGGGCUGAUACAACAAUUAGCUAUUAUGGAGAAUCGAGAGCAGGCGUCACUGCUUUUUGAGGAGAAUCGACGAGGGCAUCAAGGCCCACGUGUCAACAAUCAGUCAGCUGUGCAGGCGCUCGAGACCCAGCAGGCGGCCCUCCUAGAGUCUCAACGACUGGUUCACCAACAACACCCCUGGAAAGACUACUCGCCAGGCCGACAGACCACACUUCGGACGCACGAUCUGGCUCUUAUCAAUGCGGAGAGACAGUUUGUGUACUUCCACGGCAUCGUCCAUCAACACAAGAUACUUUCGCCGCAGGAACACCGCCAAGCCCAGACACAAGUCGAUCAAUACCUGCCACAACUGGUCUCCAUUCAACUGACCCAGAGGAGAAUCACCCAGGGCGAAGGCCAACAACAGCAGCUGGUGGAACCGACUCUAGGACCAGCCAACUUUCAGGAGCAGCAGGUGAAUCAGCUGACUCUUGUCCGGGCCAUGGAACGUCUUCAGUUGUGCAUCGAGGUCCUUCCAAGAGUCCAGGCCUAUCUUGACAGCAUUGAGUCGAUCUCUGCCCAACCCUGGUUUGUCGACAACGCGGAGGAUGAGCGGUGGUUGGUGCGAUUCAUGACGCGAUUCUCGGGACUCAAGGCUUUUGGGAGCGGCAACCUGAUCCUGUCCAACAAGGAGGUCUGGGAUUCGAUGGGUCGUCUCUGGUCGGAUAUGCGAGUCCUAUCCCUGGUACUGUUCAAGCAUGCCACCGGCCAACCUUCACAACGCCACCUCGAACUUGCAGCCUUGCUCGAUCGAUGCCCUCCUCGCCUGGAGAGCCUGCGGUUGUCCUUCUCAGCGCAAGACAUAAGUCUCCACCCUUCCACUCACGAAUUCACCCGCAUCAACAACGACGCCGGUGCGGCAGGUCCUGGAUCGGUCGCCUUGGAGGAUAUUCCUACCCUGCGACGGGCCUAUAUCGAGGGUCAUAUCGGGAAGAAGGACUACUUGCAGGAUGCCGAGACUUGGAUCCAAUUUCUCUGCCGCUGUCCCAACCUCCAGUCGCUCGCCUUGGGAUCCUGUAAUUGGCAGGUCAUUCGUCAUGUUGCCGCCAAGGUCAAGGACCACUGGCCUCAGCUUGAAGAGUUUGCCACCAGUCCCAUCCGCCAAGCAGCCUAUGAUCCUCAGUUGGAUCAGAGCAUCUCCAUGUUACUCAAUGCAGCCUGUUGGGGCUCGGCUAGUGUCGACAACGGUGACGAUGAGGAGAUGGUCUCCGCGGAUCCUGUAACUGAUAAGUUAAUUCUUCGUCGCCGAGGGAUGAAGAAGGUUCGACUCGACCGACUCAUCUUCAACAGCCAGAGUCCCAUCCUUCAGAGUCUGUUCCGUCUGUCCCAUUCCCUGACCCACCUGUCGAUGCGAGACUGUCAGUUUAGUGGCGGGUUUGCGAGUGAUACCCUGUUGCGCCUUUUGCGGGCCUGCGAUCGGUUGGUGGAGGUGGACCUGUUGCCCUCGGGGUCGUACUAUCGACCAUAUCUGUUGGGACUGAAUGCUCAGCAGUUUGUCAAGCUCUUUUCGCUCAACACCCCAUGGCCCAGCACCCAUACCCUCAAGGUCUUACGGGUGGCGAUCUAUGGAUGCGGUCAGACUCCUCUCGCUCCCGAUGCUAGUGUCUUUACUAGUACUGGUUCUUCCUCUGCGGCAGCUCCUCCACCUUCAUCGUUGCUGCACUCUUCAGGUGUUGUCGAUCCCAGCUUCAUGAGCGCUUCUUCUUCUUCUUCGUUGUCGUCAUCGUCUUCGGUGCCGAUGCAGUCGCCUCUGGAGGUUCUCUACGAGUUGCAGCGCCAAGUCUGUCAGAUAUUGGGUUCCUUCACGGCCUUGGAGGAGCUGUCCUUGGGAGUCCACUGCGAGAAGGACCAGUUGUGCGGUCUCCUCCCCCACUUGUUUCAGCAAAAUCUCUGUCUUGAGAUGAUGCUCGAGAGUGGGCUCAACCUGAUGGGUGGACUCAAGCAGCUUCGGAUCCUGAACGUCUCACGGAUGGCCCACCAAAUUGGGGUUACGGAGCUGCAGUGGAUGCGAACCCACUGGCCGCGACUUCAUACUGUGCAAGGGCUGUUGAGGGUUGCGAACUGGAGUUAUCGCCAGGCGGACGCACCCGCUAUGAACACAUCAGUGUCGACAGCUAUGGCGACGGAGGAGAAGGAGCGUAAGGAAGAAGCUAAAGAGAGCGAGAAGCGAGUUCUAGAGUGGGUUGAGGAGAACUUUUCCUGGCUGGUCUUUACUUGA